AACACAGGCCUAUUUGUUUUCUUGUAUUCUCGCGAAGAGAAAUCAAUAUUUUCCCUCUAUUUUUUUUUUUUGUGGAUUGCGCGUCUUCCCAAGCUGUGGUCUUCCUUCUCUCUCUCUCUCUCUCUCUCUCUCUCUCUGAGAAAUUUUAUUUCCAUUUCUGUCCCUGGAUUUGAACCUUUUUCCUCGUUUCACAGCCUCGUGCUACAAGUCCUUUUAGAAGAUCACAGGCCCUCGGACGUCUUUUUCCUUUCUUCUUCUUCUCGUGAAUGGAAGAGGAGGCGUUGGAGGAGCGUGAGAUCUGAGGCGGAAAAUGUUAUAUCUCAAGCAGCCAAACGUUGUCCCGCGGAGCUUGGAAUUCCGGUGAUCUCGCCUUCGUUUUGUUUUGUUUUUUUUUUUUUCUUCUUGUAUGUGUUUCUGAUCUCGCCCGAGCCUGAGGCUCGGGAUCCGGACCAUGGAGGGAGAGAACGAACCGCAGGCUCGGAUCGAGGAGGAGAAAGAGGUGGCGGGGAGGAGGAGCUGCUGCUUGCAGAAGUUCAAGCUCUAUGAGACUCAAUCGAAAUUUUACAUGAUAGGAAGAGACAAGAGUAGAACAUUGUGGAGAGUGUUAAAGAUUGACAGAUCAGAGCCCUCUGAGUUAAACAUCCGUGAAGAUUCUACCACUUACUCAGAGAGUGAAUGUUGCGAUCUUUUGAAGCGGGUACAUGAAGGGAAUAAGUCCACUGGUGGACUGAAAUUCGUCACCACUUGUUAUGGAAUUGUUGGGUUCAUUAAGUUUUUGGGGCCUUAUUACAUGUUACUUGUCACACAAAGAAGGCAGAUUGGAGCUAUCUGUGGCCAUACAGUAUAUGCUGUCACCAAGAGCGAGAUGAUUCCACUUCCAAAUUCCACUGUGCAGUCAAAUAUGGCUAAUUCUAAGCAUGAGAACAGAUACAAGAAGCUCCUGUGCACAGUGGAUCUUACCAAGGACUUCUUUUUCAGCUAUUCAUACCAUGUUAUGCGUAGUCUUCAAAAGAACUUAUGUGAUGAUGAGACAGGACAAGUUCUCUAUGAAACAAUGUUUGUUUGGAAUGAGUUUUUGACGCGUGGAAUUCGAAAUAACCUCAAGAAUACUCUCUGGACAGUUGCAUUGGUAUAUGGCUUCUUUAAACAGGCCAAACUUUCACUAUCAGGAAAGGAUUUUAACUUGACACUCAUCGCAAGGCGCUCACGUCACUAUGCUGGCACCAGGUAUCUGAAACGAGGUGUAAAUGAGAAGGGUAAGGUAGCUAAUGAUGUUGAGACAGAACAGAUCGUGUUUGAAGACGUUCCUGAAGGAUGUCCAACCCAAAUAAGUUCCAUUGUGCAGAAUAGGGGCUCAAUACCCCUUUAUUGGUCCCAGGAAACUUCACGCCUGAAUAUUAAGCCUGAUAUCAUAUUGCAGAAGAAGGACUCAAAUUACAACGCUACCCGCCUUCAUUUUGAAAAUCUUGUCAAGAGAUAUGGGCAUCCAAUAAUCAUUCUAAAUUUGAUAAAGACACGUGAGAAGAAGCCUCGAGAAUCCAUACUCCGUGCAGAGUUUGCUAAUGCAAUUGACUGCAUUAAUAAAGAUCUAGAUGAGGAGAACCGACUAAAAUUCCUUCAUUGGGAUCUACACAGACACUCUAGAAGCAAAGCUAUGAAUGUGUUGGCAUUUUUAGGAAAAGUAGCCACGUAUGCACUGAAAUUAACGGGCUUCUUUUAUUGUCAAGUUGUGCCAACUUUAAGACUCGAGGGAGCUCUUAAAUGGAAUAUCUCAGAGAACGGUGAUGCUGGUAACUGUUCUCUUCAAAAUAGUUGCAGCGUUAAUACAGAGGAUGUCGAUUUCUCAGAUAACAGAACCAGCCCGCAAGAUAAUGGUGUUGUUAAUGAAAACGAUUUGGUGAAGCCACCAAUGCUUCAAAGAGGUGUCCUCAGAACUAAUUGCAUAGACUGCUUGGAUCGAACGAAUGUAGCACAAUAUGCCUAUGGUUUGGUUGCUCUAGGAAAUCAGCUGCAUGCCUUGGGCUUCAUAGAUGUCCCGAAAAUUGAUCUAGAUGCCCCUUUGGCUGAUGCUUUGAUGGGGUUUUAUGAGACAAUGGGUGACACGCUUGCACACCAAUAUGGUGGUUCUGCUGCCCACAACAAGAUAUUCUCUGAAAGAAGGGGUCAAUGGAAAGCUGCCACCCAGUCCCAGGAGUUCUUCAGAACACUUCAGCGGUACUACAGCAAUGCCUACAUGGAUGCUGAAAAACAAGAUGCAAUAAAUGUGUUUCUGGGGUAUUUCCAACCUCAAGAUGGUAAACCAGCACUUUGGGAGCUUGACUCGGGCCAGCACUUCAAUGUUGGGGGGCGUAACUUUUGUGAUGGAAAUGCAAGGUCAUUAUUCAUAAGAUCCCUAUCAGAUGGCAACAUUCUAUGUGAAAGCAAGACGCCUGUAUCUAGCACAAAUGUUGGACAGAAGAAACUCUCUAACUCGGCAUUAUCUGAAAGAACAGUUCAAGCAGCAACUAACAAGGGUCUUUCCGAUUCCACUCCAGAAAUCUCAACUUGUGAAAGUGAUGUUUCAUAUUCGAGGUACACCCCCUCGAUGACUCGCCGGCAGCUUUUUGCAGAUAUGCAAAGAGAUCGAUGCUUUGAAAGUGAUCAUGUCUAUUUAAUGGAAAACGGGCCUGGAGAUUCGAAUUUCCUUGACAUAGAUUGGCUUUCUUCCUCUGGGAACUCAUGUGAGGAAGAGACAUACGACAGCUCCACACUCAUCAUUUCCCCUAUUGCCAGCCGAUCAUCAGAAAGUAUUGCUAAUGGCACGAGUGUAGAAAUGACCCCACCCUCGAGUGAAAAUGGAUCCAGCACGAAGGGUACAAAACCAUCGUCGGAUGGAUCCCAUAAUUCAGACCUUGUCGGUGGAUUUUCCGAGAGUUUUGUGGAAUGGGUUACCCAUGGCGAUACCCUAUGGCAUUGAUGCUUUGAUUGAAUUUCCAUCAGUAUUUACUUCCAACUUUAUCUGACCCACUGCUCCAAGGAUGUCGGCGGCCCAUCGGCCAUAUAAGGAAUAAGUUAUAGGAGAGAGCAAGAAUCAACGGCAUGAGGCACCCGGCAUCCUCUUGUAAGAUAUCUCUUCUUUAUACUCUUCUCGUGGUUCACGUACAUUUACUUUGACCAUCAAAUCCUUGGUCAGGGUCCAAUACAAGUAUGAGGAAAAAAUAGCUAUAAUUCUUUUGGAGCUCUUUUCCACUUCGCUGCGGUUUAUGAACCUUGAAUUUUCUACGUGUAAAUAGAUAUGAUAUAUAUUCACUCCCUCGAGCUCCAUAUUUACAAUAGCAUUAUUUCGUUUUUUUU